UGGCGAGGCACUCAGUGAGACAUUUUCAGUUGCUGUUAGCGCGUCUUACAAAAAUCUCGAACAAUGGCAGAAGUCGCUCCCGCUCCAGCCGCCGCCCCGGCUAAAUCCCCCAAGAAGAAGGCCCCACGUCCCAAGAAGGCAGGACCCAGCGUCGGCGAUCUCGUCGUGAAAGCUGUGUCAGCAUCCAAGGAAAAGAAGGGGGUCUCUCUGUCCGCGCUGAAGAAGGCUUUAGCUGCUGGUGGAUAUGACGUCGAGAAGAACAACACUCGCGUCAAGUUGGCCGUCAAGAGUCUCGUUUCUAAGGGUACUUUGGUCCAAACCAAGGGCACCGGAGCAUCCGGCUCCUUCAAGCUGAACAAGCAGGCAGAGGCUAAGAAGCCCGUGAAGAAGGCUGCACCCAAGGCGAAGAAGCCGGCUGCUAAGAAACCCGCCGCAGCAAAGAAGGCCACCAAGAGCCCCAAGAAGGCAGUGGCGAAGAAGCCCGCUGCUGCUAAGAAGUCUCCGGCGAAGAAGGCGAAGAAACCCGCAGCCCCCAAGAAGGCCACCAAGAGCCCCAAAAAGGCUAAGAAGCCCGCUGCACCCAAGAAGGCAGCGAAAAGCCCUAAGAAGGCAAAGGCAGCAAAGCCCAAGGCAGCUAAGCCUAAAGCCGCUAAGCCCAAAAAGGCAGCACCCAAGAAGAAGUAAGCAGGAGAGUGACCCACCUUCUGGAAUUCAAAAAAGGCUCU